AUGAGCAGCAAUAACGAAAAUAGUAGCAAUAAUAACUACAUCCAACUCAACAGUGACGAUAAUGUGCAGCCAACUACUGUGACUGUAACAACUUUCAACGCAAACCGCCAAGAAUGUGCCGAAGAGAUUGUUGAUGUGGACGAUUCACUUGUCACUACUCAGACCCCCAAUGUUCCCACUACUGAGCAAAUUCUUCUGCUAAUGCUAACAGAACCUGUCUCGUUCUGGAAUGAAAUGCAUAAAUUUGGGCUUUUGGAUGAGCUUGUAGAACAACUGACACAAUGCUUGUUGGACAUCAAAAAGGCUGCAAAAAACGGCGGUCUCGCUUGGGCCGCACCUGUGCUUACUCGCGUAGUUUCCGUGCUUGACAUGAGUGAUCGAAUUGCCAACUGUAUACAUGCAAAACCAUGUGAAAGGCUACCUAAUAGAAUGUUGUCAAUGCCACGUAUCAUAGCUGAUGGCUCAUCAGCAGGAGAGAAUACGCAAAAGCGGGUUAUGGACGAAACGUUGCAGUUAUUUCUGCCUCACUGCUUCCCCGUUGUGAAAAAGCCUCGAUUCCAAAAUACCUCUAACACUGUUUCAUAUCCAGAGAGUAUGGAUCCUCAGGUUGUUCGAGCGGUUGUCAGCGGUGAAAGUCGCAUGACUCAAGAUCAAGGAAUUUUCGUGCCAACCGAUAUCUCCUGCAUGAGCGGGCCUCUCCUUAGUUCAAAGUUUGCAUAG